GGUUGCUGGUGCUGGGAUGGCAAACAAGCCUGGGUGCCCUGAUGGAAAACCGUAGCUGCAUCUCUUAUGGAUCUGAUGCUGUGACGGAGGGCUUGGAACUCCUCCAGGGCUUAAUCUUAAAUGAUGGCCGUAAUGGCACCAUCCAGUGCCCUCACAACCAGUGCUGUUUUGGCAUCUGGAACCUAACUCAUGGGCAACCCCAAGUCAAGGUGCAAGGUUGCUGGAUGGGUGAUGAGAACAUCUGUGAUUCUCCAACCUGUGAGCCUCGGUCGGCUGGUGGCUUCUUGUCCUGUAGGUGCCGCUCCAAUCUGUGUAAUGCUCAUAUCAUCUAUGCUGGUCCUGGAAAGAGGCAGGCUGAGUCCUGGCCUGGCCCCAGUGGGACUUUCUGGAUCAUCGCAGCCGGCCUUGCUCUGCUCUUCCUGGGUUGUCUGGUGUUUGUAGUUCAAAGGUACUGGAAAGUCCCUGCAGUGUUACUGUGCACAGAAGCAACAGUGGAGCUCACCAAGGUUAAUGCCACAGGCCCAGAGCACAAGGCCAAGAGGAAACUGCCUGAGCAGAAGUUUCAAGACCUUCAGUUCCUUCAGGUUCUCCAUGAUGGGCAGUUCUCCAGACUGUGGCAAGGAACGUUUCACCAGCAGCCUGUGGCCAUCAAAGCCUUUUCCCCUUUGUGCUGCCAACAGUUCGCCUCCGAGUGGGCUGUGCACAGCCUCCCACUCAUGAGCCAUGACAAUGUGGUACAGCUACUGGCUGCUGGGUAUGGGGGGCCAAAUGAGGAACAAGGUGGCCUCUUGGUGCUGACAUUGUACCCAUUGGGAUCCCUGCGAAAUUUUCUCAGCCAACAUGUUUGUUCCUGGGACAUCACUAUCCAGCUAGGAUCUUCCCUUGCCAGGGGCCUUGCUUUCUUGCAUGGGCAGCAGUGGAAGGAAGGUUUACAUAAACCUGGAGUGGCACACCGAGACCUGAGCAGCCAGAAUGUGCUGGUACGAGAGGACAAGACCUGCGUCAUUACUGAUUUUGGCCAUGCCAUGACUUUGCCUGUGUGCCAUGAGCAGUUCAAAGAUGGCUCUGCAGACAUCUGCAAGGCAGGGGCACCACGCUACAUUGCGCCUGAAAUUCUGGAUGAAAGCCUGAACCUGCAAGACUUAGGAUCAGCAUUGAGGCAGGCAGAUGUCUACUCCUUGGCACUAGUGUUGUGGGAAAUCCUCAUGAGAUGCUCUGCACUUUUCCCAGUCUCUCCUCUUUCUGGCUCCUUAGAGAACAAUGUCCCUGAGUUCCAGCUUCCCUAUGAAGCAGAACUAGGUCGGAACCCCACACACAGUGAAUUGUGGAUGCUGGCUGUGAAAGAAAGGGGAAGACCAGCCAUUCCACUGGCUUGGAAAAGAAUGGGUCAGGUUGCUGUUUGCUUAGAGGAGAUUCUAGAGGACUGCUGGGACCCUGAACCAGAAGCUCGACUGCAAGCGGAGUGUGCCCAGCAGAGGCUGCAGAGGUUGGACGCUGCGGAUCUGCCAGAAGAUUGAGACCAAAGCACAUUAUACUUUGCUCUUUACUUGCCUGGACAUCACCCCUUACUCUUAAGAGAGCCUUUUUGCCUUUAGCCAAGAACAACAAGAGGUCUUAAGGCAGGUCAUAUCAGGAACAUCUUCUCAAUAAGACUCUAUCUGGACCUCAUCACAAUGAAGUGGACAUGUUUCCUUGUAUUUUUUUUUUUUAGAUUAAUGCUGCCUGCUUAAUCAACUCAAUGUGCUUCAGACACUGACAGCCUAACUGUAAUAUUUAACAAACCCAGCGGACAAACGAAAAAUGCAUUUUUUUCCACCUCCAUAUGACCCUUCUUCUUUUCAGGUUGCAAAACUGUGGGAGGGCGUUGUAAAAGUGUAAUUUUUGCCAAACAGAUUAUUCCAGCUUGGCAAAUGGAACACUUUUACAGCAUUUUUAUGACCCUCUCCCAUAGUUUUAUAACUGGAAGGGAAUGAAAGAAUGUAGAGGGUGGGAAAAAAAACACCCUCAGGCUGAGGGAGAAAAAAAUACACCCAGGUAUCUUUUUGUUGCCUACGGCUCUUAAUCAACCUGAAUUGCCCAUUAACCCUUGAGUUCCAUCCUGCCUUUCCUUUUGCCCAAUCUAACAUUUCUUAAAUGCUUCUUCACUUGAAUUCUCCCAUCCCUGUGUUGCUUCCUGCAAUGUAGCCAUGGUCCUAACUAAGGCUACAUGUAUUUGGUGGUUGAGGUUAGUAUUAAACACACUUUGCUGGGUCCACUGAAUACAGCAGGAUAUUCUUCUGAAUAGAUAUGAACAGGACUACAGUAGGAAUUGCUCCAAUGCAGAAAUUGGCUCUGGACAAUUGGCACUUGCUUCCUUUAAAAAAAAAAAGUCAAGAGAGGAAGUUUAUGUCCCUUAAGGCUGUGAGCAAGCAGGGAUCACCAGCACUGAGGCCAUGCUAUUGAGGAUGCAGCUGUGCUGGGCAGGACACAUUUCAGGAUGAAGGACCAUCGCCUCCCAAAAAUAGUA